AUGGAGUCAGCUUGUAGUUACAAUGGAAUGGACACUAGCAUUCGAAAACUGAGCAUUGAUGAUACUUCUGGAGGUAUUAUUAGUCCUAGUUGUGCUGGAGAAUCGUCAAAAGGUACCGAACCAAAGCAAUGGCACAUCAUGACCAACUUGUCUACUUCUUUGGUGCAAGCACUGGAUGCGGACACCUCAGCGCAUCCUGUCACUCCUUGUCCUAGUGAUUCAUCCUGCUGUACAGAUUGUGGAGUCUCUUCUUCCAUGUCCCAUGCAGCAGCGGGCAGCCCUCUUUCAUGGGAUCACCAAUCUCCGGUUAACAACAAGAUCCCUACCGAAGUGCAGAUGGCUCAACAACAACAACAACAACAACAGUCUAAAGAAAAUGCGCAAAAACCUAGCGUUCCAGCUGUUGUAAAUCAGCAGCAGCAGCAGCAAAGUGCAGCAUCGAAUGCUGCCGUUAGCAAGAAUGUUACUUCAGAAGCUCAGAAACGUCGCCACUUUUUGAUAUUGGUGCAGAUCAUUUUCAAAGUUUUGAAACAGGCCAAGGCUCAGGAUGCCAUUACCUUUCAUUGCAAAAAGGUGAUUCGGGAAUGUACCCAACGAAAUCGUCAAGGGGAUCCCAAUUUUACAUCCUUGGUCGAUUCCGCCACUCCUAGACUUCGAAAGGUGGUUGGAGAGAAAACUUGGAGGAGAAGCAUUUUGCUUUUGAAACAUUACAUCCAACAGCAGCAACAACAACAGCAACCAGCAAUGGUCGUCUAG